AUGACCAAUGGUUUGGAAGUCCAGCUCCACCCUUUCUUAAGGAACAUCCAGUUGUUUAACACCUCCAGGGGCGGAUUGUAUUCGGAUGAGAAUGGAGAGCUGGCAGCUGACUACGAUAUUGUGAACUGGGUGCUGUUUCCCAAUAAGUCUCAAGGCAGAGUGAAAGUCGGGAACGUAGCGAGACAGGCAGCCUCACAUUUAAAGCUCACCAUUAACACAGAAGCCGUUGUGUGGCCCUUGCAGUUUAAAGAGACCAUGCCUCGUGCCAGGUGUACCGAAAGCUGUCGCCCUGGAUAUGCCAAGGUGGUUCAAGAAGGACAACCGGUUUGCUGUUAUGUUUGCGAUCCAUGUGCUGCAGGGACAAUCUCCACACAGGAAGAUGCAGACUAUUGCACCACAUGUCCAGAAGAUCAGCACCCAAACGAGCACCGAAAUCAAUGUGUCCCAAAGGUUAUCACCUUUCUUGCCUAUGAAGAACCUUUGGGGAUCACUUUGGCUUCCUUUGCCCUAUUCCUCUCCUUAACCAUGGGCUUUGUUUUUGCCAUCUUUGUUAAAUACAUGGAAACUCCCAUAGUCAAAGCCAAUAACCGGGACCUCUCCUAUAUCCUCCUCUUCUCCCUUCUGCUUUCCUUUUUGUCCUCCUUCCUUUUCAUCGGCCGCCCAAGGAAAGCGACCUGCCUUCUCCGACAAACAGCCUUCAGCAUCAUCUUCUCGGUUGCUGUCUCUUCUGUCUUGGCAAAAACCAUCAUGGUGGUGCUGGCCUUCCUGGCUACAAAGCCAGGGAACAAGGUGAGAAGAUGUCUGGGGAAGAGUCUGGCCAACUCCAUUAUCAUUUCCUGUUCCAGUGUCCAAGUUAUCAUCUGCACCAUCUGGCUGGGCAUCUCUCCCCCAUUCCCAGAGUUGGACAUGCACUCCCAGCUUGGAGAGAUAAUCUUGAAAUGUAAUGAAGGAACUGUUGGCAUGUUUUAUGGUGCCCUUGGCUACAUGGGCUUCCUGGCUGCCAUCUGCUUCAUUGUGGCUUUCCUAGCCAGGAAUCUGCCUGGGGCCUUCAAUGAAGCCAAGCUGAUCACCUUCAGCAUGCUGGUCUUCUGCAGUGUUUGGGUGUCCUUUGUUCCCACCUACCUGAGCACCAAGGGGAAGUACAUGGUAGCCGUGCAGGUCUUCUCCAUCUUGGCCUCCAGUGCUGGGCUUCUGGGCUGCAUCUUCCUUCCCAAGUGCUACAUUAUUGUGCUGAGAUCUGAACUGAAUACAAAGGAGCAUCUCACAAUGAAAACUAAAUGAGGCAUCUAAUUCGUAAUAUAUUCAGGAAGGAGCAGUUACAGCUUUUAAGGAUAAUACUAUGUGUAAUGCUAUUGAAUGCACCCUUCUUCUCCACCAGAUAUAGUUUGUGAAUUUGGUACAGAUCUUACUUUUUCUUGCUA